AUGCUUCACUCAUCUAAGGAAGACUAUUAUUUGGCUGAUAUUCAAACUAGUAAUCAAGAUCUGACAGGAGAAAAUGGUGUCACCAUAUCCUCUCUACCUAACAAUGAAUUAUAUACACGUGCUAGAACGAAUAUCGAAAACUGGCUAAAAGAUAACAAAACAGAUAAUACAUAUCGCUUGGAGAUGGGGAGGCAAAUUCAACUUAUAACCGAUGACGAGCUAAACAAAAUGUUACCCAAUACAAGAUUUGAUGCUAUUUAUCUUCGUUCAACUUAUGGAAGUGAUGUGUACAAGUUACAAAUGCAACUCACUCGAGGAGGUCGGAUAGUUUGCUUAGAAGGAGCUGAUAAAGGAGAACAGAAAUUGUAUCGAAUAGAUUUUUUAGAUUCUGGUGAAUUUCAAAGGACGAAUUUGAUCAAAUUCAAAGAUUUUGAGCCAGAUUACAGCCAUACGAAAAAAGAAGAAAUCAAACACCCUCGGUAA